CUCUUUGACGGACAUUUUAUUCUUCGUAUACGUGUUGCUAUUGCAUUUGCUUUUGUACUUUUUAAAAUUUAAAAAUAAAAUAACAUGCCUUAUGCUUAGGUCUUACGUGUCCAUUGAACUAGUAGUAUUGUAGUACACUAACGUGUCACAUUUAGAGUUUUGCUACAGAAAGUUACGUAGGUUUACAAAAUGAUGAAAACACGAAGUGAAAUUAGAUUCAUCUUUUAUUCUGGAGCAAUAUUUAUAUGUUAUUUUAUUUUUGCUAUGUUACAAGAAAAAAUUACCAGGGGUAAAUAUGGAGAGAACGAUAAAUUUACUUGCGCUUUGUCCCUGGUUUUGAUUCAGAGUUUCGUAAAUUAUUUAUUCGCUCAAAUAUUGAUGGUAUCAUGGACACAUGAGAAAGAUACAACAAGAACCGCUUAUUACUUUUCAUCAGCAUUAACUUACCUCUUAGCGAUGCUUUGUUCAGUUAUGGCUCUGCAGUGGGUAAAUUAUCCAACCCAGGUGGUAGGCAAAGCUGCAAAACCGAUACCAGUUAUGAUUCUUGGUGUUUUAAUAGGACGCAAAUCAUAUCCACUGAAGAAAUACCUUUUCGUUCUUUUGAUUGUUAUUGGUGUUGCACUCUUCAUGUAUAAGGAUCAAGCUAAAAAAAGUACUGAUGACUCUCAAGGCAUGGGAAUUGGAGAACUUCUACUUCUUGUUUCCUUAACCAUGGAUGGACUGACCGGUGCUGUGCAGGAACGUAUAAAGAGUGAAUCAUCUCCAACUGCAUAUUCAAUGAUGCUGAAUACAAAUUGGUGGUCAACAAUUAUCUCCUCGGUCGGUGUACUUUUGAGUGGAGAAAUAUUCAAAUUUGUAGCAUUUGUGACACAGUAUCCUGAGAUUUUGGUAUACUUGAUCAGUUUUGCACUGAUGGGCGCUUUGGGACAACUUUUUAUAUUUUUCAUGGUAGCAGAGUUUGGUCCUUUGCCAUGCUCAGUGGUGACUACAACCAGGAAAUUCUUCACCGUCUUGGCCUCGGUGAUUAUCUUUGGCAAUGUCUUGUUCGGCCGACAAUGGAUUGGUGCUAUACUUGUUUUCUCUGGACUCUUCCUAGACAUCAUAUACAGCAAGGGUAAAAGUCAACCAUCAAAGAGGACAACAGUUAAAUGAAAAGUUCUUCUAAGUUAUUUAUAAAAUAAUUACUAUAUUUAUUCGUAGUAAAUGUUAUUAAUGUUCAUUUAUAGAAAAACCUUAAGAUUAUUAGGAAGUGAAAGUUCGAGAGCACGAAGAACUUUGUUUAUUAACCUUUUAUUACCUAUCUCUAUCGCUCUCGUAUAAAUAUCAUUUGUCUCGCUAGCACAGAGACUACGACCACAGUGUUAGGGGAUUGUAAACCUUUUUUCAAUGAAGUUAACAUUUGUUCUAGUUUUUAUGAAUUUGUUUGGUUUGACCUUGAAAAAAAAGCUAAAACUAUUUAUAUUACGUCAGUACAGUAAGACAGUGAAGCUCAGAAUUAUAGCUUCUAACUGGCAUAAUGUAGACUGGCGCCAGUGAGACAAAAUUAUCCAUGUCAUACUACCGCUACUGUCCAGUACAAUAUGUACUGGCAUAAAGUAAACC